AAAAUUCUUUAAAACUUUUGCUUUAGACGAAAUGGCUAUAUUGUCGCGUGUUAUCAACUCUAAACAAUCCCAAAAACAGCAGUCUCGUGUUCCAAAAGGACAUGUUGCGGUUUAUGUCGGAGAAGAGAUGGAGAACAAGAAGAGAUUUGUGGUUCCCAUUUCGUAUUUGAACCAUCCUGCGUUUCAAGGUUUGCUAAAUCGAGCAGAGGAAGAGUUUGGUUUCAAUCAUCCGAUUGGUGGAUUGACGAUUCCUUGCAGAGAAGAAACAUUUGUGAGACUUUUGCAUUCUUAUGGUUGUGUUGUUUCAUCUUGAGAUAUCUUUUUUGGAAAACCUCCAAGUUUUUCUUUCCAUUUUAUGGAUUUUUGUUGGUUUUUUCCUUUGUUUAUUUUUGCAAAGGAGAAAGACUGAAACUGCAUGUAAAUAUGUUAUGUAACCAGUCAAGUCAGGUUAUACUAUAUGUACUUCCA